GCCAAGUUCAAGAAAAUAUCCAGCUUCCUCAUGCAGCAACACUUAUUGUCUAAGACAGCGAGGUGAGCAGAAUCUCUCAACAGGUGCUCCGCAGGUGUGGUGUCGCAAUGCAUAAGAGCCAGAAGAACAUAGGCGGAAGUGCAGUGUUCUACAAACCAGUUGAAAUUACGACGGAAAUAAGAUCUGGAUACCUGUUCAAGUCUCCUCCCCCAAACCGGUUGAAGACAGAGAAAUCAUGGAAGAAGCGGUAUUUUGUGCUGUUCAAAAUCAGUGAACAAGAACAUCAACUGAAGUACUUCAGGAGUCCAGAGCAAAAGGACAGGCCACUUGGAGGGAUAGACUUAUCACACAUCUCAAUGUUGUAUGUGAACCCUGAAACCCACCAAAAAUGGGGAUGGGUCCAGAAGAGCUUCAAGUGCUCCCCAUCCUGUGUGCUCUACCUGAGGGCUGCUGACCGGGACUACUUCCUCAUUGGGGAGAACAGUGAGGAAGUGGACGGCUGGUUCAAUGACCUGUUUGAAGCCCUGAAAAACCGGCCACAUAAAUUUCUCAGUUCAGAGGAAAUGUCUAAUGGGGAGCUAACAAUUGAGGUUAUUUCAUACCCUUUGCUGCGGAAAAAGAAUUCCACUGCUGUGCCUGAAAAGGAAGCGUUGAAAACACGGUCCGUGUCUGAUCCGUCCUCAAAUGCUUUGGAGAACGACGCUGGAAAGCAGGACGAAGAGAAUAAGGCCAAAAGACGUGCAUCAGAGCCUGUGAAUCCAAUCUAUGAUUAUCCGAGAGCCUUCUCAAAACAAACACAAGCUGGGGGAAAUAAUGCGACCCGUCGCCAAAGCCUGGACUCAAUAUAUGAAACGAUGAGUGAACUUAAUAAACAACUGACUUGGUCAGGGGACCCUGAAGUUGAGGGGAAUACCACAGGGACCCUGAUGAGGUCUGUCACUCAGGUCUUUGACAAGCUGAAGACAAGGACUUCCCCUCUCCCUCCGUUCUAUGAGGAGACAGCUUCUGAAGACAGAGAAGACAUGCGUUUGACUUCAGACAUCAGCAGCAGCUCCAGUGACAAUGGUGCCAACUCUCCUGUAGAGAUGCCGGAGAGUCAAAAUGUGCUCGCACUGGAAAAACAAAGCUCUACUGAAAGCCUUGACACCAUCACCCAAGCGGAGAUAGAUAUUGAUGUCAAGCAGGCAGAUUUGAAAAAACACCUGACAAUAACAGAAGUGGAUGGGAAACCAAGUGUAUCUGGGUGGACAGGCCAGCCACAGUCAGUGUGCCUGUUUCACAAAGGAGACCAAAUUCUGGCAAUUAAUGACUUGCACACCGGCAGCGUGGAGGAGUUCAACAUGUAUCUCAGCAAGUCUCUCAAGAAUGAGGUGAAAGUGACCAUCCUGCGUCUACCUGGAUGCCCGUCUCUGCAUUCACCAAACUGUCUCUGCAGUGACUGACUGCAAACUGACCAUCUGAGACGAGACAGUUACUGUAUAUCUGGGUGUGUUCAAAUCACUCUUGGAGGCACUUCCUUUCUGUGGAUGGUGGGUUUGUACCAUGUAUUGACCACUUUAGACAACUGACAGUAUUUUCCCAGGGCUUUGGCCAGUUCCUUGAUCUGUCACUCUACUAGUUUACUCGAUUUAAAAGUCUAGAAGAGCUUAAAGUGAAGCUAAAAGUUAAAUUUCACACACAAUGGCUCACAUUAUACGUACAAAGAUGAAAUGCAUUUUAGCACUCUGUGUGUAAAAAUUACUUGCAGUUUUAACAGCAUGAUUUACAUACUUAAUUCAUUGUGUAUUGUAUUUACUGUAGAUGUUUGUUCUCAAAGGUUGUUCCUAGAAGGAAACAAAAGGCAAAUUAUUUACUGAAACAUAUUUCCUCAUACUGCCUUUAUGAGGCUAAAAAAGGGCAUUACACUAGCUCUGGACCUGAGACAAAUGUGUUCACAAGAUAAAAGUAAAUUGUGCAAUGCAUGUGGUGCAAAAAUGGGUUAUUGUAUAUAGACUUACUAUUAAACAACUAUAUUUUUUAUUAAUAAUCAAAAUGUUUUUACACUUUAAAGGGACAGUUCACCCCAAAAUCAAAAAUACAUAUUUUCCUUUUACCUGUAGAGCUAUUUAUUCAUCUAGAUUGUUUUGGUGUGAGUUACAGAGUUUUGGAGAUAUCAGCUGUAGAGAUGUCUGCAUUUUUUUAAUAUAAUGGGACUAUAUGGCACUCGGCUUGUGUUGCUCAAAGUGCCAAAAAAUACUUUUGAAGCAAUGUCUCUUUCCAGAAAUCAUGACCCGGUUACUCAAGAUAAUCCAUAGACCUUGCUGUGAGCAGUUUCAUGUAGGAACUAUUGGUGAAAUAGUUCCUAAAUAAAUAAGGUAAGAGGAAAAAUAUGUAUUUUUCAUUUUGGGGUGAACUGUCCCUUUAAACGCACAUAAAAUACAGUAGAACCAAUUGAAAACUUGUAAAGUCCCAUAACAGCUAAGAUUUCUGGUGAUUCUGGACGAGUUGGAUCUUUUCUUGCAGCUGAAUCCUGAAUGUGACUUCUGUAAGAACAAUAUAUUUUUAAUAAUCAUCUUAAUCCAACAUGACAGGAAACAACAGCAUUUGUAAAUGGUUUAAAGGACAUGAAGGUGAUGCAACUCUGCUUGUGUUGUACGACAAGAACAUACGAGCAAGCACUGAGUUGCAUGACUAGUGUGAAUGUCAGCAAUGCCGAUUCAUUUCCAGUUUGCUCAGUAUGCGACACCUAUGACGACAUUUCUUUGUAAGCCAUACCUGUCUAAUAAUGCCUUCUUGAGAGCACAAAAAGAAGGGUGCACAGUAUGUUUAAAAUGUCUUUGUUACGUACAUACUGUUAGUGUUUGGUUACAUAAAAAUAAGGCAGACAUACAUCCAAAUUUAAACUUUCCUUUUCUUGCUUAUCUCGAGAAUGCUUUGACAGUAAUUAGGACUGGACAAAUAACAAAAACAUUUAGGAAGAGACCAGUAUUUCAUGCUGAUUUGAAGCAAAAAUGGUGACUCAGACAACUGAGGACACUUUGCUGAAAUGUAGUUUCAAUCCUUUUUAAAUUAUGUCUGGUGACCAAUGCCUCUCCUGGACAAAGACAACGUCAAAUGGAAAUGAUCUGCAAGGCCUAUUCACUUGAAGUGCUACAAACCAUUCCUGAGUUUUAUAUUUAAAAUACUUAUUUUUUUUUUUUAAUUAUGUCCACUGACCCAAUGUCCACAGAGGACAAGGACAAAGCUUGUCUCUAAACUCUUUAUCAAAUAUUAUCUGCCAUUGUUAAUAUUCAGACGAGCCAAGUUUCAUUUUUCAAGUUUUAAUGGAGCUAUUAAACAGUAGGAGUUCUGACAAAGAAAUGAUUCAGGACAUUUAUUUUUUUUUAAGUUGAAGAGUGUUCAACUGUGAUGCUCAAGCUGUACUGUAUUAUAAACACGCUCUUUUAUAAAUAUAUGCAUCCUUUGCAAGGGUGCAGCAAAUGAAGGUUGUACUGGGACACUGAAUCGGUUUUAUUUCUAAAAUGAUUAUGAAUAAAUUUCACCAGUUUGUUAAAACACUGA